UUUGCCAGUGGGGUGCUGCAUUCUGUGUCAAAGGAGGUCCUGAAAAGGAAAGACUAGCAAUGGAGUAUUUGGAGAGAAGAGAAUGCGAGUACGAUCUAAAGGCAAGUGUAGACUUUUACAGGGAAGAUGACCCUCUUAAGCCAGCCGUAACCGGAUGCUUGGUGUUCACAUCCACUCCAUGCAAAAUAUCGAAUAAGUAUUAUUUGGGGCCAGCUCCAUUAGAGGAUAUGGCGAGUCAAAUUGCAACUGCUACUGGGCCUUGCGGGAACAAUAGAGAUUAUCUCUUUAAGUUAGAGAAGGCCUUGGCUGAUAUUGGUAAGCGUUUUUUCUUCUUUAUUCUAUUGUCAUUCUACACAAACUCACCACAUUAAACCGGACUUUGACUAAACAUUUCACAA